AUGGAGAUCAAUAUGGAAUACUGUGUUGCGGAGGUGAUGCAGAGGGAUGUUGGACGGCGCCUCCAGGUUGGACAGGAAAUAAUUGACUACAUCCUGGACAGACAGAAGUCUUAUGAUUUGGAACAUGACCAGACCAUGCUGGACAGAAUGGUGGACAGCCUUGCAACUUCUUGGGUCAACUCCAGCAACUUCAAGCUUGCUCUUCUGGGAAUGGAAGUAAUAUCAGCCUUAGUAACAAGGUUACAGGACCGCUUUAGGACACAAAUUGGGACAGUCUUGCCUAGUUUAAUAGACCGUUUAGGAGAUGCCAAAGACCAAGUGAGGGACCAGGCUCAUGCUUUACUCUUAAAAAUAAUGGACCAAGCUGCCAACCCACAGUAUGUAUGGGACCGAAUGCUUGGAGGAUUUAAACACAAAAACAACAGGACCAGAGAGGGUGUCUGUCUUUGCCUUAUUGCAACUCUAAGUGUAUAUGGAGCACAAGGCUUAACACUAAGCAAGGUUGUCCCCCAUAUAUGCAGCUUGUUAGGGGACCCCACGAGUCAGGUUCGAGAUGUGGCCAUGAAUUGCCUAGUAGAGAUCUAUAGACACGUUGGAGAAAGAGUACGGGUGGACUUGGGCAAGAAAGGACUCCCACAAUCACGGUUGAAUGUAAUUUUUAGCAAAUUUGAUGAAGUCCAAAGAUCUGGGAAUAUGAUUCUCUCCUCAGAUAAGAACAUUGAUGAUGAUGACUCUGUGGAUGGGGGGCGCUCUUCCUCCUCCAAAGGAGCGUCUUCAAGCCGACGGACCGGCUCCAUGCGAAGGCCCAGCUCUGCCUCCAGCACCAAGAGCACAGGGAAGGAGGGAUCGAGUGCUGGGGCAGUGGAUGAGGAAGAUUUCAUCCGUGCCUUUGAGGAUGUGCCUGCUAUACAGAUCUACUCCAGCAGAGAACUGGAGGAUUCCUUGAACAAGAUCCGAGAGGUGUUGUCUGACGACAAACAAGACUGGGAGCUCAGAGUCGCAGCACUGAAGAAGGUGCGAUCGUUGUUGCUGGCGGGAGCAACAGAGCACGAAUGUUUCACACAGCAAUUAAGGCAGCUGGAGGGAGCGUUCAAACUCUCGGCUAAAGACCUGCGCUCUCAGGUGGUGCGGGAGGCCUGUAUCACCCUUGGGCACCUUUCUUCUGUCCUGGGCAACAAAUUUGACCAUGGUGCAGAGUCCAUCAUGCCCACACUACUCAACCUUGUCCCAAACAGUGCCAAAAUCAUGGCCACAUCUGGGGUCGCCGCCAUCCGGCUAAUCAUACGACACACACACUACCCUCGGCUCAUCCCGAUCAUGACCAGCAACUGCACGUCAAAAUCUGUGGCUGUGAGGCGGCGCUGUUACGAGUUUCUGGACCUUCUGCUUCAGGAGUGGCAUACCAGUUCACUGGAAAGACACAUUGCCGUCCUUAUGGAGACCAUUAAAAAGGGCGUUCAUGAUGCAGACUCUGAGGCCAGAUCUGUGGCAAGAAAAUGUUACUGGGGUUUUCAUGGUCACUUCAGUAAGGAGGCGGAGCAGCUGUUUCAGGCCCUGGAGCUGACCUAUCAGAAGGCUCUACAGUCUCACCUAAAGAGCUCUGACAGCAUCAUGUCCCUCCCUCAGUCAGACCGCUCCUCCUCUAGCUCCCAGGAGAGCCUCAAUCGACCUUCAUCUGCAAAAACCCCUAUUGGAGGCAGCGUAAGCAGAACUAAAGGGGUGAGCUCCAGAGUGACCUCCACGCCCGGCUCCCUCCAGCGCUCACGGAGCGAUGUGGACGUCAACGCUGCCUCCACUGCCAAGUCUCGCAUGCCUGCCACGCCUGCUGCUGCCCCCUUCAGUUCGGCCACGGCACUGCCACCCGGCUCCUACGCCUCGCUGGGUCGUGUGCGCACCAGGAGGCAAAGCUCAGGGAGCUCAGCUGGAGGCGGCGUGUCAGUCACGGACAGCAGGGGACGGAGCCGAGCCAAAGUGGUGUCCCAGUCCCAACGAUCCAGAUCAGCUAACCCGACAGGUGGGAAGAUCUCGGGCAGUCGUUCCAGUUCCCCGGGGAAGCUACUCCCUCACACUUAUGGAAGAAUGACCAGAGCCACAGGGGCUGCUGCAACUUCAGACAAACGCAGCAAAAUCCCACGCAGCCAGGGCUGCAGCCGUGAAACCAGUCCCAGUCGAUCCAGUCAGGCACGGAGCCGCAUCCCACGCCCUAGCAUGAGUCAGGGCUGUAGCCGCGACACUAGUCGUGAAAGCAGUCGUGACACUAGUCCUGCCCGCGGCUUCACUCCUCUGGAUCGUUUUGGCCUGAUUCACCAGGCUCGGAUUUCUGCUUCAGUUAAUGCCAUGCGAAUCCUCAACACUGGCACUGAGGUGGAAGCUGCAGUGGCUGAUGCUCUGCGGAGGCCGAUGCGCCGGAGGUACGAGUCCCCGGGGAUCUACUCUGAUGACGAUGCAAACAGCGAUGCCUCCAGUGCUUGCUCGGAGCGCUCGUACAGCUCACGGAACGGUGGCGUCCCUCAUUAUCUACGUCAGACGGAGGACGUGGCGGAGAUUCUGAACCACUGCGCCAGCACCAACUGGUCUGAGCGUAAGGAGGGUCUGUUAGGCCUCCAGAACCUCCUAAAGAGCCAAAGAAUCCUCAGUCGCGUUGAGCUGAAGAGGUUAUGUGAGAUUUUCACCAGGAUGUUUGCAGAUCCACACAGCAAGAGAGUGUUUAGCAUGUUUCUGGAGACACUGGUGGACUUCAUUAUGUUACACAGAGAAGAGCUCCAGGAUUGGCUGUUUGUGCUCCUCACUCAGCUCCUCAAGAAGAUGGGAGCAGAUCUUCUGGGCUCCGUUCAGGCUAAGGUCCAAAGAGCCCUUGAUGUCACCAGGGAUUCUUUUCCAUAUGAUCAGCAGUUUAAUAUCCUCAUGCGGUUUAUUGUGGAUCAGACCCAGACCCCAAACCUUAAGGUGAAGGUGGCGAUUCUGAAGUAUAUCGAGUCCUUGGCAAGGCAGAUGGAUCCCACUGAUUUUGUCAACUCCAGUGAGACACGGCUGGCUGUUUCUCGGAUCAUCACCUGGACAACAGAACCGAAGAGCUCUGACGUCAGAAAGGCUGCUCAGAUGGUUCUGAUCUCCCUGUUUGAGCUGAACACACCUGAGUUUACCAUGCUUCUGGGAGCUUUGCCCAAAACUUUCCAGGAUGGAGCUACCAAACUCCUGCACAACCAUCUAAAGAAUGCCAGCAACAUCUCCGUGGGCUCUCCAAGCAGCACAGUAGGACGGACCCCUCAGAGACAUUCCACCAGUCGCACAAGCCCCUUGACUUCUCCUACCAACUGUUCCCAGGGGGGACUGUCACCAAGCCGGAUAUGGGGCUGGAGUUCUAAUGGCCUCGCUAAACACCCCUCUCCCUUCCCUCCCCCACACCCCAACUCUGCUGCCCCCCCUUUCCGGGCCCUACGCUGCGCUUUCUCCCCCAGUAUGCUGGAGUAUGACACUGAGAACUUGAACUCAGAUGAGAUCUACAGCUCUCUGAGAGGUGUGACCGAAGCCAUUCAGAGUUUCAGUUUCCGUAGUCAAGAGGACAUGAUCGAGCCAAUCAGACGCGACAGCAAAAGGGAGGACAGUGUGAUCUCUCAGGCUGGGGGGGUGGCCUCGUCUUGUGCUGACCCCCGGCUUGGUGCGGAUGUGAUGGAAGGGGGAAGAACGGCUCUAGACAAUAAGACGUCAUUACUGAACACCCCGUCUCCUCGCUCGUUCUGUGGGCCACGAAUGCGGGACUACAACCCAUAUAACUACACCGACAGCAUCAGCGCCUAUGACAAAGGAGCACUGAAAGAGGCCAUGUUUGAUGAUGAUGUGGAGCAGUUCCGUGAUGGUUCUGUGCAGCAUUUGGAGCUGGUUGGUGACCUGCUGAAGGAGCUGUCCAAUCGCAGUGAUCGUGUAGAAGAGAGGCGUAUGGCGCUGCUGGAGUUGCUGAAGGUUGCUCGUGAUGACAGCCUGGCAGUGUGGGAGGAGCACUUUAAGACCAUGCUGCUCCUACUACUUGAGACAAUGGGUGACAAAGAUCAUACCAUCCGGGCCUUGGCUCUGCGGGUGUUGAAGGAAAUUUUGCGGAGUCAGCCAGCUCGUUUUAAAAACUAUGCAGAGCUUACCAUCAUGAAAACCCUGGAGGCUCAUAAAGACUCCCAUAAAGAGGUGGUGCGAGCUGCAGAGGAGGCUGCCUCCACCUUGGCCAGCUCCAUCCAUCCUGAGCAGUGCAUUAAGGUACUGUGCCCCAUCAUUCAGACUGCAGACUACCCCAUAAACCUGGCUGCCAUUAAAAUGCAAACCAAGGUGAUUGAACGCAUCGCCCAGGAGUCUCUGCACCAGCUCCUCCCUGACAUCAUCCCAGGUCUGCUGCAGGGCUAUGAUAACACUGAGAGCAGUGUUCGUAAGGCCAGUGUGUUCUGCCUGGUAGCAAUCUACUCUGUGAUUGGUGAAGAUCUGAAGCCCCACCUCUCUCAGCUCACUGGCAGUAAGAUGAAGCUAUUGAACCUGUACAUCAAGAGAGCUCAGACCAGCAAUAGCAACAGCAGCAGCUCCACCGACAUCUCCACCCACAGCUAGUCAAUCAUUCCAGUUUCAGCACCAAUCAACCAGUACAAUGUCGUUCACAUGAUCCAAUUCCAAAGUCGUUUCAAUUCCUUUUCCAGUUUUGUUCCUGAACUUAGUGGUAUUGGAUUGGUUGUGAUCUUUGCUCUGCUGUAGUAAUGAAUAAAUGUGGGUGGGGGAAUUGGUACAGCAUCUCAGUCAAACUUCUGUGUGUUUUGUUUUCUAGUUAAGGUUGCAGUACCAUCUUAACGACU